AAAUCAAGCGCAUAGUUGAACGCACGGGGUAUGGUACAACAUGCGGGUGAUAAAAUUUGAGCAAAUCGAUGUUUUCAUCGUUUCCCAAAGAUCUGGUCCAGUUUCUAUAUAUUUUUUGCAAGGGGCGCCCUCCGACCCAAUCGCUGCCUUAUAUGAACCUGUCCCAAGCAUUGUGAAUGGCGACAGAUGUGAACAACACGAGUUCCCGUACCAGCUUUCACUUCAAGUAGAUGAUUUCUUUGAUGGAUGGAGACAUACUUGUGGCGCAGUUUUGAUUAAUCCUAGCAUUAUCCUCACAGCAGCACAUUGCGUUAAUGGCGCUGCUACGGAUUACAGGAUAGUGGCCGGCGCCCAUAUAAGGAAUAGGGUUGACGUCACGGGUGUUGAAGAAGUUAUCCCUGUGAGCUCCAUUAUACAGCAUGAGGACUUCAUCCAAGAUGGCUCAGUAGGAUUCCCCAAUGAUAUCGCACUCCUUAAUCUCUCCAGCCCAAUCACUAUUGAUGCAGCCACAAAAGCCGUUGUUCCUCUCCCUCCAAACAACCAGACGACGUUUGCUGGCCAAAGGUGCAUCAUUACUGGAUGGGGAGACACAUCAGCUGGAGAUGGGACAGCAGCUGAUAUCUUGAAGAAGGCCACCCUCCCUAUACUAUCACCAGAAGAAUGUACCAGCUUUUGGGCACAAGCUAAUGCCGAUUUACAUAUAUGUAUAUAUGAUGAAACUGGCAGACAGGGAUCUUGUCAGGGUGAUAGUGGCGGCCCAAUGAGCUGUGAUCUGAAUGGUCAAAAUGUGGUCGCUGGGAUUACCAGCUGGGGUGUUGUUGGGUGUAUUGGUAUGCCAAGCGUGUACGUCAGAACAGCCACCUAUCUACAAUGGAUCUGUACGAACAGCAAUAACGCUGUUGCAGGGUGUAGCGCAUAGAAAAUACGUCAAUGUGGAAUUACGAAAUCGCCUAUUAAUUUUGAAAUGUUUUAAAAUUCAAUAAUUUGGAAUUGCGUAAUUGCCUAUCGAUUUUUAAAUGUAUUAAAAUUUGAUACAUAAAUAUAUUCAAUUUUAAUAAUCUAAUAAUUAAAUCG